AUGCCGAACCUCCCUGUGAAUCGAGCAGGCGGACAUCGUCGCCGAUGUAGCGAGUUUGUCGGCGCGGAGCAAAUUGUAAGCUCCGGGACAGUAGAGGCGAGUCGGGGCGAUGAGGUAAACUUCAACACAACACCGACUAAGCUCCCUGUUCCUGGGCCUGGUUUCAGUGCAGGUGGUCCUGGAAAGCGUCGCCAUGCCCAUCGGCGCUCGGCGGCGAUCUCCAGUGUUGAUCUAACCGCUAUAUCGAAUACGCUCGAUUUAAAGCCCGCUGUCGGAAGUGCGCCACUGUUCUCGACGGGCGCAAAGCGUGAUCUUGCUGCAUCUGACGAGGCUCUUAGACCCACAUGCUAUUCAGCAACCACCUUAGGUCGAUUUACUCCGCCCGCAUCUCCCCAGAUUAUGAUUAAUGAUGAAUCCUUGCCCGCUGUCCAGCUUGAAACAGCAAGCGAUCGUCUCACCGAUGAGCGGCCCAUUUCCGAAAUUUCGAAGGAUUCUGGAAGCACUGUACGACCGGAGGAUAAAGCUAGAAAUAGCGAAAAGCCUGGUCCACCUACAAGCGAGCUGCCGUCAUCUGUGGAUCGAGCUCAGAAGCCGAGACCGAGAACUGCGGAUGCAUCUCUGAUGCUCGAUCCCAACACGAUCAGUGGAACCGAUGAUGCAUCUCGGAUGAAGCGGCCUCUUUCUGCCACAGGACACUCUCGUUUUCGCAAAAGUAUAUCUUCUGGAAUUAUUGACGCCGCAUUGAGGAGACAUCAUGGCGGUGACAGUCGCUGGACAGAAUCCUCAAGACACUCUUCUUCCGACGAUGGUGAUUCAUAUGCAUCCACCGAGGAUGCCCGUGGGUCGUUUGAGUCUACGUCUGCCUCAAAGAAAAAGUCAAAGACUAAGAAAAGACAGAAGAAAGUACGUUCUUGGGCCGGAGCCAUUCUUACCCGAGGAAAGGGGAAGCGCCAUUCGUCAAAGGAAGAGACGAAGGACGAAACGAAUCAGUCCGAAGUUCCCCCUCCAGCGAUUAAGAGGACCAAUUCAGAUCUCGGGUCAGCAGUGGACGUGAAUUUCGACGAUGAUGAGGAUAUCGUCAUCAUUCGGACCCCUACCAAUCCCGCUGCUCCAAGAUCGCAUGAACCAACAUCUGAAGUUGAACCUCACAUCUCCCUGGAAAAUUCGUGGAAGCCACGGAGUUUCUAUGAGCAAACUACACAAAAUGAUGCUCUGAGCCCUAUCAUCGACUUGGAUGCGGCUCUGGGACCUUUUAAUACCCCUGAUGGGCGAUCCCGCUGUACCCCUGAGAGCGGGUUCUCAGCAGCGACAAAACGGAUGUAUAGUGGUGGACGACGGGGCGAAUUUGUCGGGCCAGAAAUGCGCUAUCACCGACGCGCAGAAAGUGCCCCGGAAAUGCCUCCUUUUGACCGUAGCUUCCUCAACCAAGCGCGUCUCGCGAAUAAUGCGUCCUUGGAAAAUCCGGAUGUGUUCUACGAAGAAGAGGAAGACGCUUUUCUGGCGGCCACAAGUGAUUCACCCAAGCACAGCGAUGAAAUUAUUGCGGCACAGGCUGUUUCCUCCGGUGCUGAAAGUGUCGACCUCCAAUCAGAGGGCAGCAAAGUUAGCUCAGACACCCUCACUCGGGAACACACGAGCGAAGUCAAUACACAGCAGUCGGGUCUCGGUAUUCAGAAAGACGGGCUGCCUGAGCCGUCAGAGCCUAACGCUAUUUCUGCGUACCAGGAUAAUAGCAGUCUCGUAGGGCAACAGUAUGCCAUUGGCCAGCUUCACAAUGCAAAGAACCCUUUCAGCAGUCGACCAAAAAGCCCAGGACCAGCGGAGAUUAUCAAACAGGAGAUUUGGCAACGUAGACUGGGAGUCCCUCCUAGUCCCGAUGUUUCUCCACGAUUUCUACCUGCUGACAAUAGGCCUUCCACUUCACCUAUUGAACUCACCCCGAAUAUUCCUCCUUUCUCUCUUCAGGGUGGUAGUUCUUUGUCUAACUCCUCCUUUCCAUCUCCCGACUUCACUGGCUCUUCAUCUGAUGCCCCUCGCUCGAUCACGACGUCCUCCACCACCGACCGUAAUUUCUCGAGUCCUUCUUACAACCCUUCUAUGGACUUUCCCCAUGCAUCGGUUGAAGAUGUGCCUUCGUUGACUAGCAGUGCAUCAACAACGACGAACCCUCUGAAUCGAUUCUCGGCUACUUUCUUUCCGCGGCCCCGGCUGUCUACAGAUCGCUCUGCGUCGUUUUCUGCGGCCGUUCACAGGCGCAGUAGUCAGGCCAAUAGUUCGAAGCGAUCAAGCCUGGCCAGCCUUUCCAAGUUGGUUGUGGGGUCUCACGCGGAAAGGAUCUGCCCACCUGUCCCGUCGGGCUGA